CGCUCGCGCUGGCAGAGAAAGAGAAGGCAGGCAAAAGCAAGCCAGCGAGCGAGCGGGCGGGGGAGCGGAGAGGCGGUGUCGCGGGCGCGCCCACCUCCUUUGCGCGGUGACGUUGGGCCUCUUCCUCCCCCUGGUGGCUUCCCGCUCCCUCCUCCCUGCAUCCACUGCUGCCGCGUCCCAGAGCCUGUGAGCCGCCGUCGCCGCCGCCGCCGCCGCUCCCGCAGCCUUCCCGUGCCAUUUCCUCCUCUCCGCCGCGGCGGCGAUGUGAUUCCCUUCUCCAGGCUCGGCCCGCCCCAGCUGAGCGGCGAACAUGGCGGAGCCAUCAGUUGAAUCAGCAAGCCCAGGAGGGUCUGCAACAUCAGAUGACCAUGAAUUUGACCCAACAGCAGACAUGCUGGUACAUGAUUUUGAUGACGAACGAACACUAGAAGAGGAAGAAAUGAUGGAAGGAGAAACAAACUUCAGUUCUGAAAUAGAAGAUCUUACAAGGGAAGGUGAUAUGCCAAUUCAUGAGCUUCUUAGCCUUUAUGGUUAUGAUGGUUCUGUACCACUACCAGAAGAGGAAGAAGAGGAGGAGGAGGAGGAGGAGGGUGAGGGUGAAGAUAAUGAUAACAACAGUGGGUGCAGUGGAGAAAAUAAAGAGGAGACUAUAAAGGAUUCAUCAGGUCAAGAGGAUGAGACACAGUCCUCAAAUGGUGAUCCAGUUUCAUCUGUUGUACCAGAAAUAAUUCGCCCACGUCGUUGUAAAUACUUUGAUACAAUGAAGGUACUUAUCAAGGAUAAAUUGUCUGGGAGUGGGAGAAUGAUCUUUUCUAAAGUCUUGUCUCUUGAUAUCAUUGGAUCUACUGAGGAACAUACUAGAAGGCAUUUUCUCUGUAAAGAUAAUGCUGACAGUGAAAUAGAAGAAGAAUCUGAAGAAGACGAAGACUAUAUUCCUUCAGAAGACUGGAAAAAAGAAAUCAUGGUGGGCUCCAUGUACCAAGCUGAAAUUCCAGUUGGUAUAGCUAAAUAUAAAGAGAAUGAGAAAGUGUAUGAAAAUGAUGAUCAAUUGCUAUGGAAUCCAGAUUACUUGACUGAAGAUAAAGUGAUUGAAUUCCUUAAUGAAGCCUCCAGAAGGACAGGCGAUGAGAGAGGAAUUGAUGCAAUUCCUGAAGGAUCCCAUAUUAAAGAUAAUGAACAGGCUUUGUAUGAAUUAGUGAAAUGUAGUUUUGAUACAGAUGAAGCAUUAAGAAGAUUGAGAUUUAAUGUAAAAGCAGCCCGAGAGGAGCUGUCUGUCUGGACAGAAGAAGAGUGUAGAAAUUUUGAACAAGGUUUGAAAGCUUAUGGAAAGGAUUUUCACUUAAUCCAAGCAAACAAGGUACGAACAAGAUCUGUUGGAGAGUGUGUAGCAUUUUACUACAUGUGGAAAAAAUCAGAACGAUAUGACUUUUUUGCUCAGCAGACAAGAUUUGGUAAAAAGAAGUACAAUCUCCAUCCUGGUGUAACGGACUACAUGGAUCGUCUUUUAGAUGAAAGUGAAAGUGCGGCAUCCAGCAGAGCUCCUAGCCCUCCUCCUACAACUUCCAAUAGUAGCACCAGUCAUUCAGAAAGAGAGGAUAGCACAACCAGCAAUAGUAAUCAAAAUGGUGUAUCUACUAAUGGGCCAAGUGAGUUAUCAAAUAAAGAUGACAUGAAAAUUGAAGGACUGCACAUAAAUGGACCAACUGGCAAAAAACCGCAACUUGUAGAUUUUGAUACAAAUGGUUACGAACCCGAAAACCUUUCCAAUCAUUCUAAACUUCCUCAUUCAAAUACAAGGCAUGAUCUUGAAGAUACAAAUGAAAGGCCUGUGAAAAGGAGAAGAAUCAACAGCAGUGACAAAGAGUGCACAGCUUCCUCUGAAAUUUUCCAAGAAACAGUGGCCCAUGGGAAUUUUGAAGACCAGGACACUGUGGGUGACUGAACACAUUUCAUUCAAAUAAUUGCAUGGGAUGUCUGCAUUUUCAGGGUUAAUAGGUUCUCUUUACAGAUUCAAAUCCCAUAAAAUAAUUUAUGGAGAUUUUGAAAUAUAUUUUAAUUGCUUCCUAAUCCUAGCUAAGGUUACAGUAUUUUCCUUUUUAAAAUCCUGAAAUGCAGAUAUAGCAGGAGGGAGAACUUUCUGUCAGAGAGCCGGUUGCUAUAGAAUUGAUUUGAGAGUUGUGGGUUUUUUAGGCAAAUUUCUUUAGAUGACUUCAGGGCACUAACCUGUUAUGUAAAUUAUACUUUGAAAAAUAGCUUAAAAUUCCCAAGCAGAAUUGAUAAAAUGGAAGUGAAGAAAGAAGCAAUACUGAAUAGUUUAAGGAAUGCCGGUAAAUCCUGAAAGUUGCAUGAGGAUUCAUUGGUGUGUGUAUAUGUAUAUGUGUGUCAACGUGUGGGCAUAUGUAUAUAUGUAUACAUAUGUGUGUGUGUUUAUCUGUGUAGAUACAUACACACAUAUAUAUAUAUAUACACAUAUAUGAAUGAAUUAUAUUUUAAAAAUAAACCAAGAGGUUUGUAUGUAAAAUUACUGACAUCAGUGAUGUCUUUCCAUAUUCUUAUCUGGAAAUAAGAAAUACUUUCUGUAUUUUUCCAGAUUUUGUAGCCUUUGAAAGAUUUUUGCAAUACUAAAAAGUGUGUAAUUUUCAUAACUUGUACAGUAUGGUAAAUUUUGAUCUUCUGAGAGUUGAUCUGAGGAUUUGUCAGCUUCACUUUAUUUUGCUAAAGCUUUUUUAUUAAUAAAAGUCAUGUUUCAGAAAGCAGUAGAAAUUUUAAAUAUUUAAAUUGCUUACCCAAAUUAAGAAUAUCAGAAUUUUCAAACUUUUAUCUUGGGACAAAUGGUGACUUUUUAGAUUAGCAUGAUGCUAUGAUUGCACAAGUGUUCUUGCUUUUAUAAUUGUUUUUCAGAUUUCUUUUUAUGAGAUAGAGUCUAAAAACAUCAGCUAAAGGCUUUCAUGUUGCUAACUCUUGUUAGUCAAGGUCAUCCAUUACCUUAUUUAUCAGUUUAUAUGUACAUUUUGGUGAGCACAGUAGAAUUAGGAAUUGAAAAUUAAAUCUGGCUACCUUGAUGAGGAACAAAUGCUUAGCCUGCAUGCUGUGGGUCCUUAUGCUGCGUCCAACAAAUCCAUGGAUUAACUGCUUCUGAGGAAGUAGUAAAGUGUGGGUAGUAGUUAUUAUGGCGUGUAUGCGUACUAAUAUGCAUGGAUUUGAGGUACUGUAAGGGUUGUUAACCUUCUUUACAUUUGAAACAAAUCCUUGUCAGUCUGGGAAUAGUUUCAGUAGUGUCAGUUCCCAUCUAUAAAAGGAUUUGGAUUAUGGCCAUAAUGAAGGUUUACAGAAUCAAUCACUCAAUGACCUAUAAAGUCUUUCAUUUUUUUGUUGCCACUUUGGCUAUAUAAAACAAAGUUAACCAUGUUCUCGUUUUGGGGCUUACUUGAAAUGUUAUAAUUAUAACUUCAAGUUGAUCUGCUCAUUUAAUGAUUUGGCAAAAUAAGAGUUUGAUUUUAAUUAUUUAGUCCACUAGUCUUUUAGAUUGUCCCAACACAAUUUUGUUGCUAGUUCCUGGAAAUAUCUAUUUUUUUUAUUAUUUCUUUUAGCCUUCUGCUUUCUCAUGAAACGUUUUUGAUGAAUUCCAUGCUUUAACAUUAUAGGACUAGUAUUUAUUGUCUGUUGCGUACAAGCAGUAUAACAUGUAUAGAUGAAAUAUUUAAUCUUUUAAAUUUUACUGCUUUGGGGAAAGUGCCAUGGCUGACCAAACCCAGUUUUGUUAAUAUGAAAAUCCAAAGUUUUUGUAGCCUCGUAUCAAAGAUUAUGUUUUAAAAAGUAUAUCAAAGCAAGGCAGUGCAAUGCUUUUAGAAAACCUUAUUGCAACUUUUGAAGGCCUAUUUUCUGUUCCUUGUCUGUAUUUUUGCAGGAUGGAAAUGCUUGCAAGACUGUUCAUAGGAAAGUUUAUAAAUAUAUUGUUCUCAGGCUUGUAAGUAAAAUAUAGCACUGUGUACAUUUUUUUAGAAACUUUACUUUGGUCUUUAAUCUUACCUUUAAUGGUAUGCCUAAGAAAAUCCUGACAUUCCAUACUCAAUAUGUAAUGCUCAGCUGUUUUUAAGUAUUUAAUUGUAAUGUGCAUCUCAUUUAUGCAGGUGUUUAUACAAUAUUUUAUUCAUGUUCUUUAAAAUGCAGCCACUAUAACUUGAUAAAGACAUUGCACUAGUAGUACUAUUUAAAAAAUCUUGUAAUUUAGCAACCAGUUCAAACAGCUUUUAGUGCAGUUUGGAAAAGAUGAAACCACAUUGCUUCCAAAUUGGUCUGAAAAGUCAGUACAGCUUUGUAUAGUGAUUGUAAUGUAUAUUUUAAGCACUAUUGUGUCCUGAUCCAUAAAGUGCAUUGUAUGCAGUCUGAAUCAAACCUUCAACUCAACAGGCCUGACUGUUGGCUUUAUAAAGGGUUUAAAAUGAUAUUUUGAAAGAAAUCAAAAAAAAAUUGCAAAGUAGUUUUUAUAAAUUUUUCACAUAGUAAUUUUGCACUGUUGGUAAUACCUGUGUCUCUUACCUAGCUCCCUGUCUGCAAUUCUGGAAAAGCUUAUUAAAGUAUUUUUUUAAACAUAUUGCUUAUAUAAAUACAAAUAUUGAGUACUUAAGAGUGGAAUUUGUUUCUUUUAAGAGAAUGUGAAAAUGCUGCUUAAUAAUAUGGGAGAGAAUACUUGAAUUGUUCAAUAAUAGUUUUAGCAAACCUUUGCACUUCGAAAUAUAAUUCUGUGCUUCAUGCUAGUUUCAAACUAAACUCCAGAUAUUUAAUGACAAUAGGUUUUUUUAAAAAAAAAAAACAAUUAGGGAUAAACUGAGAUGUAUACAUUCUUGCUGUGAAAUUAGAACUGUAAUAUUUAAGUCUGAAUAUUUUUGUUGAGGGUAUUUACCAAUAAAAUAUAAUCAUUUCUUGACAUACCACAGAACAUAGAGCUCAGUUAAUUGUUGUAAUAAAAAAGAUCGCUAUUAGAAGCAUUGAGAAAUUACUAGCCCAGAUAGAAUUUGUUUCUUAGAUUAUAGCUUAUUUUUAGAUACAUUUAUAUCUUCAGUAAAGAAAAAUGAAAAGUUGUAACAAUGAUUUAAUAAACAAGGAAGAGUUUGGUAAAGCCAGGAUCUUAUAAGGCUGUAUUCAUAUAAGUACAAAUUUAAAAAUUAUAGUGCCUGGAGUUAAUAUGUUAGGAAAUUAUAAAAGAAAAUCAAACAAUUUUUAUUUUAUGAUUAUUUGCAUGGAAAAUCAGUAAAAUGCUAAACUAUGUCUUGGUUCUAUUUUAUAUAAAUUAUAUGUUUAUAUAAAAUAGAAACAGGAAAUUAACAACUUUAAAGAAUGAUCUGUAAUCUUCCCAUUUUGAUGUCCUCCAAUUAUUUUGAACGACACCACCAAAUUGGCUGGACAUGAUGCAAUUAUAGUACAGUACAAUAGGGUUUCAUGCAAGGUUGGAUAUAUUGGCAGAAAACAAAUUAUUUUAGGUACUCAAAAGUACUCUUUAGUUUAUUCUCAAAGGUUGUCACAGGUACCUACAAAUCUAAGCAUUCAGUAAAGAUGGAAUAAUGGAAUAAGAUUAUUGUGAUUAAGAUACUUAAAUAUAUCCUUUUCAGAUAGUCAUAUAAUAUAAAUGAUGAGUCAAAACUAACUACCCUGUGAUGGUUAAUAAUUAAAAACAUUAAUACCAUACAUGUGAAUGAGAGAACCAGUAUAGUAAUUUUGACCAAAGAAACUUCAUCUUGGUUAAGAGAAGAAAUAAUACUCAGAUAUAAGGGGAGGCAGAAAUAAUCUUUAUUCCUUUUUUCAUUUUUGAUUAUAAUUAGAUGAUGCAAUCAAGACUUCUCCAUUGUUCAAUCUUGUUGUCUUGAGAUAAAAUAUAAGUUAGCUAAAUAUUUUUGCUGGUGUGCAAAGAAACAAUAAUAUAGACCUGGAAAAGUUUAAAUCAUUCUAAAGUAUUAAAAUUUCCACAUACAUACAAAAUAGGGACAUUAUUUUUAAAAUAACUAUUAUAUAUCACCCUUGAGUCAAUCCUGAGUUCAUGGAGACAUCUAUAGUUUUCUUGGCAACAGUACAAAACGUUUGGCCUUUUUAAAUGCAUUUAUUCAUCUGUUAAAUGUAUAGCCUCAGUUUUUCUCCAGAAGUUUAAGAUAGUAAAUUUACACUGAGUGAUGUUUUAUUGAAACAACAAACUUAUGAGGUAGGUUGGACUGAAUGAUUGUUUAAUAACACGCUGAAGGUCAGCCUGAACAGAUUUCUUUGGGCCAGCUCAACCACUGCAUCGUAAUUGCUAAUAUGUGAUGAAGAGAUGCUUUUAUUCACAUAUCCUAGCAAUAUUUUCUCAAUAAUAAAAAACAUAUCUACUUUUUUGAGGAGUAGAGAUAACAAAGUCCUUGAAGUGGCAAAUACCAACUUAGUAUGGGGGAUAUAUAUGUAUCGUGAAGACAACUCAAAGCUUUCUCACGUAUUCAUCAUAUUUCAGUGCAUCCAAUUUGCCUCUCUCAGCCCAACUCACCUCACAGGGCUGUUGUUGUGGAGAAAAUAGGAGGAAGAUGUGCUGAAUAUGUUUACCACCUUGAGUUAUUUGUAAAAAAAGAUACUAAAUACAGAUAAUGACUGGUUUCACAAAGGAGGCAACUACUAUUGAAUUUGUUACACCGUUAGGCUUUGGCACCACUUUCUAGUGAACUCUUAAGAUAAUUAACAGUAUAUUUAAAGUAUAGUAUAGCUAUAUCUAUUGUCACUAAAAUAUUGAAGUCUUAUAAAAGCCAGAACAAAAAAAUGUAAAUGGAGACAUUCUUGAUUUAUUUAAGCCAGUACAAAAAUACAUAUAGCACAUAAAAGUUAUACAAUAAAAAUAUUUAUUCCUAAUGCUGGAUUGCUCUAUAUAGGAAAAAUAGUAACAGGAAGUUUUAACAGUGUAGAAAAUAAAACUAUUAAGACUUGCUUACCUAGGCAGUAUAUAUAUUUUCUAAAACUUGGCACUAAAAAUGUGUAUAUUACAAAAAAGCAAAUCAACUGAGAACUAUUUUAUAUGGCAGUAAAUCUAUCCAGUAGAUUAACAUUUUCUCUAACAAGUACCUGAGCGCAACUGCCUCAGUAGAGCAGGUUAACAAAAAUACAAUAAUUUGACUGAAUUAUGAGAAUUUCAGUCUAACAGCAUCCCUUAUUCUACAUAUUUGCAUAAAUUGUCCAUAAGCAUUUUAUGAGAAUUUUGGUGCACAGUUUAAUUAAGGUAACAGUAGACCAAGGCAGCUGUGUGCUAAGUAAUCCAUUUUUUAGCCUGCAUUACCUAAAUGCUACCAUUAUCUACUUAACAAGCCAGCUUAAGUAGACAAGAAAAUUUAUUCUACUGUAAUAGAUCCCUUUAAUCUACUUUCAAAGUCAAGACAAUUCAUUCUUCUAAAUAGCUGGCAGGUGCAAAAUCUAGAGUUAAUAUUUUGAUUAAAAUAUUGGUUCUGAUAACUGAUUUACAGCAAUUGGAGAAACUACACUUCUUUUUAUGUAGAACUGAUUCUUCUGUGAACUCCGGAACCACCUACAAUCAUAGUGUUUAAAUUCAGUGGCAAAGCAAUAAUCAAUGAAGGAAUGAUCUUCCAUGAUUUAGAAUUGAAAACAAAAAAAAAUGUAAAGGCAAAAGAUGAUUUAACACAUCUUAGACAAAGGGAAAAAAAUCUACACACCCAAAUUCCACUAUUUCCUCCUUCUCUCCAAUUGUUGCUGGCUAAGGCAUCAUUUACCCAAAAGAAAAACAUGGAGCCUGUGACAUUUAAAAAGUUGCUCCUUCUUGCUUGAAUCAAUUUACUCUCCUCCUAAAUGGACAAUAUUCUAGUGAUCAAAGGUUUCAAAGCUAUUAGCUACUGCUAAUGGCUGGAAGGGGUUUCUCAUUAUGUGGAGAACAGGGCUUUCAAAUCACAGUAAACCUACUGUAAGACUAUUGUAAGAUUUGCACAUGUAGUUCAUCUCUCAAAACACCAAUAAAUCUGCAACAUUAUGAAAGAGUAUUUCUGAGGCUGCGAAAGAUCAUCAUGUGGCUGUGAACUCCAGGAUUCUCUUUUCUGCUUUAUGUUAGGCUAGACUAUUCCCGAAAAACUAUUAGAGUUACCCACUCUGCAUACUGCAAGUACGCACUCUGAAAUUCUGUUUUUACUUUCAACAGUUUAAGGCUAAAAGAAUGUAUUUUAAAGUGCGCCAAAAAAUCUGUGCGAUCUCAGAGAGCAACUUACUGCUGCAAUAGGAUUUCUUGUUAGAGUUGUUGCAAUGUCCAGCAUAUCAUUCUUUGUCCCUCCUCUAACAAAGUCAUAAAUAUGCAAAACAGUAAUAAUUACAUGCUAAAUAAUGUCUCCAGUACACAUAAUUCAGAUUUUUGGUGCCAGAUCAAAAAUGACUACAUAUUUAUAUUUAACACAGAAUAUAUAAGAUUUACCUGUUUCACAGACUUCAUUUUAGAGUUAAAUUUAACUCAUAAAGCAAUUAAGGGCAUAACUGUAUCUUACAGGCAAGAUCAUGGAGAUAGGGGAAAACAGACAGGACAACUCGAGGCCAACUGAGUGGGGCAGGAUAAAAUUACUUAAUUUUUGUUAGUGUCGUAUGAUAAUUUUGGUGCCCACUCUUCCUCAGGCUUGACAAUCUUGAACCAGGUAGAAAGGAAGAAAUUCACUUACAAUCUCAGCUUCUUGGAUGAAAAGUCUUUUACAUUUUGAUAAUUUUAGGAUUUAACUUUAUUUCCUUUUAAAAUACAGCAAAAUUGGAAUGCUUUAGAACUUUUUUUAAUAAUUAAAGGGUGUGUAAGUUUUAUUAAAAGGCAUAAGCUUUUAUGAAUUGUAGCUCACUUCAUUGGAUGCAUGAAGUGGAUAAACAGAUGAAGCAUUUGAAAAGAAAAUGCAGCAAGUGGAGGAGAAAAGAGUAGUUAUGCACAUGCAGAUUACAUGUGGGUAAUCAAUUAGUAAUCAAUUAGUAAUAGCAAUGUAUUAAAAUCACUUGUGUUUGUUAAACCUUAGAUAGCUGAAGAUUUUUUUAUGUGAGAUGAUCCUGUAGUUUUGUUUUAAAAUUGCAGAUAUGAGCUACAAUUCAUGAAAGCUUGUGCCUUUUAAUAAAGUCUUGUUAGUUAAAAAAAAAAAAAAA